AUGCACAACUCGAAGGUUAUCAAAUCAAUUCUUUCUGAGUGGAGAACUUAUAGGAUGACUCCCGACUUGGGGUUGCUAAGGUGCGUCAAAGCUGGAGAAGCUAGCAGGUUGAUUGAAGAGAUACACGCAGGAACAUGUGGUCCUCACAUGAACGAUAUGAUCCGAGUUCCUCCCAACAAACUCAAUGUUACUAGUUCACCUUGGUCAUUUGCAGCUUGGGGCAUUGACGUCAUUGGUCCAAUUGAGCAGCAGCAUCUAAUGGACACAAAUUCAUUCUUGUUGCAAUUGACUACUUCACCAAGUAGGUCGAAGCUACCUCUCACAAAUCGGUUCAGAAUUCCUGAGUCAAUCAUCACUAAUAACGGAACCAACCUAAAUAGUGAUUUGAUGAGUUCAUUGUGUGAGAAGUUUAAGAUCAGUUAUCAAAACUCGACAGCGUAUGGACCACAAAUGAAUGGAGUGGUUAAGGCUGCAAACAAGAACAUCAAGAGGAUACUACGCAAGAUGAUCGAUAAUCACAAGCAUUGGCAUGAAAAGCUACCCUUUGCCUUGCUGGGAUAUCGUACUACCAUCAGAACUUCAAGUGGGGCUACACCUUAUUUUCUUGUAUAUGGUAAUGAAGCUAUGAUACGUGCUGAAGUAGAGAUACCAUCUCUGAGGAUUAUUCAGGAAGCGGAGUUGAGUGAUGCUAAAUGGGUACAAGUUCAUUCGGAGAACUUGGUAUUAAUAGACGGAAGAAGGAUUAAUGUCGUUUGUCAUGGUCAUCUCAAUCAAAAUAGAAUGGCCAGAGAUUUCAACAAGAAGGUCUGA